AAGAUAUCCAGCUCUGAUCCGCCGCCGCUCACUGAGUGUCGUGGGCCCAUACCACCUGCAGCACCCGCCCCGCUGUCACUUGGAUCCUCCUCCUUUACCCGUUGUCCAGGUCCGUCUUCCUCGUCGACACCACCGCCUAGAUAUGAGUCUGAGCGCGUCCGUUUUCCAAGAGUCGAUGCAUUGGUUGAAAGCGUCGCUGUCGAAGACGAGCCUGCAGCCGUCGAUGACGAUCCGGCCGCUGAACUCGCAUUACUCGUGCCCGAGUUAAUGUUUGAAGACGAGGAUGCGGCCGCCCCCGCCCUGGGUACUGACCCAGAAGCGGGGGCGCUAGAGAAAAAAUCCAGCCAAGCGGUAUCCGAUCCUCCCUGUCCAGCGCUAGGUCGCGACUGGAUUUGCUGACUUUGUGCCUGUGAGGAACUGUGCACCGGCCAUUCCAAAUCUAAUCCAGUCCCGCUCCCACCACGCGGUGGGUGAGAAUGGUGCGGAGAGGUAGCUGUCGGACUUCCGCCACCGCCUGUACCUAAUAACCCGGAAAAUAGAUUAGAGUUCGCAUUCGAAGGUGUAGAUGACGCAUUUGAGGGUGGCGGGCUUGCUUGCCCAUGGGUCUGUUGCCCAUAAAAGGACCUUGCGUUAUUGCCUCCGCCGCCUGUAGGGGACGGUGAAGGCGUUGAGAGCCCAAUGAGCAAAUCAAACUGCGAUCAUGACGUACCUGAUUGUGCAUGUCCCUGGUUCUGGUUUUGAUUCUGCAAGUAUGCUGCAUGUGCACCUGGAUCGUCAAUUGUAUACGCCGACGGACCACCUGGAUACGUGCCUCCGCCGGAAGAUGCUGAUGAAUCAAGCCUCGGCCGUUUUGUCUGAGGGAGACUAAAGUUGAAAGGGCUGUGGCGCUCAAGACUGACUGGGAUUGCGGACCCCGGUCCUGGGUACGCACUUGUGGGCGACUGUGAGUACGAAUGUUGCGAUUGCGGCUGAGUCGAGAGAUGUGC